UAUAUACACGCACACACAUGAGAGGAGUGAAGAAUCAAGAAAGCUGCUUAAGACAACAUAUAUAGUUGGAAAGUAAGAAGCAGAGAUGAGGAGCAAAGAAAGAGCUGUGGUGUUUGUGAUCAUGGCCUUGCAGUUGUUCUCUUCUUACAUUUCUCCAUCUGCAAGCCCUAUUCCUGCAGUUCAUUCACAGGGCGAGACGGAACGUAGAGCUGCAAGUGAACAAUUGAUCAUCAAUAACAGGUAUGAUCAAGGAAGUGACGUAACCAUAGCUCACCAAAGCAAACUCGGCCAUGGAACUAAUGGCGGCAGCCAACCCGGUGGAAACACAAACAGUGGCGGAUCGGGCACCCCGAAUGCGCAGGGAGGCGGGGGAAUGAUACCCUUGUAUGCAGCCGGUGCAGGAAACAACCGCCACCCCCAUCACAAAGGGUGGAGCUGCAAGAAAAGCAUACCGGGCCCGACAGCUUUGGUGGUUGUGAUUUUAUUUGCAUGUUUACUGCUACGCGUCCACAAAGAAUGGUAAGUUCGACAAUGUAAGACAGAAUAAGAUGGUAAAUUCUUAUCCAAAGCACGUCUGACGAAGUCCAACAAUCACAUAAUAAUAAGUAUAAUACACUUAUCAUAUGAUUGGUUAUUUUCCUUGAACUAUAUACCAAUCACAUGACAAGUGUAACAAUGCACUUAUCGUAUAUGGUUCAAAAUUGGGCUAGAAUUUGUGAAAAUAUGACUGGGGAUGGUUUCGUAUAUAUUCUCUGGAUUUUGUGUGUAUUUUCAAAAAUAUUCCUUAAUUUUUGAGAACGACACUGUUCAGCCUGAGUCCUACUGUCAUACCUCUAGGGGAUGGAGUGUAAAUUUUAAAAAUUAAGGGACUUUUUAUAGUAUACUCAAAUUUCAGGAGUUGUAAAUAUAAUUAUGUUUAAGAAAUAAAUGUGUAUCUUUACUAUACAAAGUUAAUCAUCUACUUUAGGGUGAUCU